CCCCGCAGCCCGCCCGCGCUCCCGCGUCUUGUUCAGGGCGAUGCCCCCGCUCUGGGCCCUGCUGGCCCUCGGCGGCCUACGGCUGGGCGUGGGUGUGAACCUCCAGCCCCAACUGGCCAGCGUGACCUUUGCCACCAACAACCCCACCCUCACUACUGUGGCCUUGGAAAAGCCUCUGUGCAUGUUUGACAGCGCGGCGACCCUCAAUGGCACCUAUGAGAUCUACCUCUAUGUCCUGGUCAACCUCGCCAGCUCCAGGAACGCCUCGGUGCAGGACGGCGCCAGGGCCCCGCUGAGCUCCACGGUCCAGCAGACAGAGGGAGGGAGGACAGGCCCCUAUAAGGCCGCGGCCUUUGGCCUGAUCCCCUGCAGUGACCUGCCCAGCUUGGACGCCGUGGGGGAUGUGGCCCGGGCCUCGGAAAUCCUGAACGCGUACCUCGUCAGGGUAGGCGCCAACGGGACCUGCCAGUCAGACCCCAACUUCGGGGGUCUCUGCAACGCGCCCCUGUCAGCAGCCACGGAGUACAGGUUCAAGUACGUCCUUGUCAAUAUGUCCACGGGCUUGGUGCAGGACCAGACCCUGUGGUCCGACCCCAUCCGCACCAACCGGCCCACCCCGUAUGUGGCGAUCGACACGUGGCCGGGCCGGCGGAGCGGGGGCAUGAUCGUCAUCACGUCCAUCCUGGGCUCCCUGCCCUUCUUCCUGCUGGUCGCCUUUGCCGGCGCCGUUGUCCUCAGCCUUUUGGACACGGGCAGCUCUGACCAGGAAACGAGGACGCACGACUCCCAGAUCACGCAGGAGGCCGUCCCCCGGUCCCUGGGGACCUCAGAGGCUGUGUACACGUCUGUGAACCGGGGGCCGCCGCUGGACAGGGCUGAGGUGUACACCAGCAAGCUGCAGGACUGAGCCCGGGCUCCUCGCCUAGGGGGCUGCGGGCAGAAGGUGCCUGCGUCCUGACCCCAGCCUCGGAGAAACAGGGCAUGUUGGUCCUACGUGCAGGAAGGCCUCUAAUAAAAUCUCCCCAAGAUUCUGA